AUGUGGUCUUCUUCUGGAAACUCUUCGCAGUCUCAAGCUAAGAAACAAGAGAGGAAGUCGAUAACUGGGAGUUUCAGGCCAGAGAAUCUCAUACCAGGGGUUGUGAUAGGUUUCAUCAUCGGUAUGUUAUUGGAUUUUUCACAGCAAGUGAAAUUCCCAGUGAAAAAGAGCAGACUUUUAUCCAGUAAGAUUCAGAAGCGGAGUUCCGAACCAAGCAAUCCCAGUGACCAAGAGCUUAAAAUGGUUUUGGUAGUUAGGCAAGACUUAAAAAUGAGAACAGGCAAAAUUGCGUCACAGUGCGCACAUGCUGCCACUGGCAUGUAUGCAGAGUUAAUGCAAAGUGACCGAUACCUUCUGAGGCGAUGGGAGGAAUGCGGACAACCAAAGAUAGUCGUCACUUGCAAAAACCAGCAAGAAAUGAAUAAGGUCACAGAGGCGGCUGAAAGCGUCGGCCUCCCUACUUUUGUUGUAGCUGAUGCUGGAAGAACACAGGUAGUAGCAGGAUCAAGAACGGUUCUUGCAGUUGGACCUGGACCAAAGGAAUUGGUUGAUUCCAUAACCGGUAGGCUGGCUUUACUCUGA